UUGUUCUCCUCAACUCAACCCUGAAAACGAAAGUUACAAAAACAAAAGAAAAGAAAAAAAACGUUUUUUUUUUCUUACUCUUUGACGAAACCCCGUGAUCUUCGCCAUAAUUCUAAUAUUCCUGUUCUAUUAACAAUCACAACCUCAAAUCGUUAGUUCAUUUUUUUGGCGGCGAAACACUGAAACAAAAUCAAGAACCUUCUCUGAAACGAUGCAAGUUUCAUCCUCAUCGAUGAACUCAUGGUUCGGAACAUUUGCUUCCAACCGAAACCGACAUGUUCGUUCGUUCCCAUCCGAACCUUGUUCUAGUACUACCACCGCGGUCGCUGCUGCUGCUGCUCCUGCUGUUACCUCGUACUCACCUUGUACCACCGUUUUGUUCGCGCGUGCUGAUCCAUCACGGUGCAAGGUUGAUAAUUCACUCUCGUUUUUGGUGUCUCAGAGAAAAGGUUUUGCUUUUACAUCGCUGGCACCGAUCGGUGGAAGAAAGAUGAGGAGGAGAAGAGUGUUCACUGUCUCUGCAGUGUUCGAGCGGUUCACGGAGAGAGCAAUCAAGGCUAUAGUGUUGUCCCAAAGGGAAGCCAAAGCUCUUGGAAGUGAAUUGGUUUACACGCAGCAUCUUUUGCUGGGUCUUAUAGCUGAAGAGGAUCGUUCUCCUGAUGGUUUCCUUGCAUCUGGUGUCACCAUUGAUAAGGCACGAGACACUGUUCACAGCAUUUGGCAUCGAAAUGAUUCAAGCUCUGAUACCCCAAUUGGUGGUGUUGAUGAUGAUAAUAAAGCUAGUUCUGUUUCUGCCACACAUGUCCCCUUUUCAAUUAGUGCAAAGCGAGUUUUUGAGGCAGCUGUUGAGUAUUCCAGGUCUUUGGGGCAUAAAUUCAUUGCCCCUGAGCACAUUUUAGUUUCUUUAGUCAAAGUGGAUGAUGGUAGUGCUAGUCGGGUCCUUUACAGACUGGGGACAAAUGCAAACCAGUUGGCAGCUGUGGCAUUCUCCAGACUACAAAGGGAGCUUGCUAAAGAUGGUAGAGAACCAAACAUGGUGUCCAAGGGACUGUCUAUUUCAAGAAAAGGUUUUGCUGCAGGAUCCUCGACCACAACAAAUGAGACGAGUGCUCUGUCACAAUUCUGUGCGGAUCUCACUGCUCGUGCGAGUGAAGGACUAAUUGAUCCAGUUAUUGGCCGAGAAGUUGAAGUUCAGAGAAUUAUUCAAAUACUAUGCCGAAAAACAAAAAGCAAUCCCAUUCUUCUGGGUGAAAGUGGCGUUGGAAAAACAGCUAUUGCUGAGGGGCUGGCAAUUCGUAUUGCUCGGGCAGAUGUGACUCCUUUUUUAUUGACAAAGCGUGUCAUGUCAUUGGAUGUAGCACUAUUAAUGGCUGGGGCAAAAGAGAGAGGAGAGCUAGAGGAACGUGUUACAAAAUUAAUAAAAGAAAUAAUAAAGUCAGGUGAUGUCAUUCUUUUCAUCGAUGAAGUUCAUACACUUGUUCAAUUAGGGACAAUUGGGAGAGGAAAUAAGGGAUCUGGCCUUGACAUUGCUAAUUUACUUAAACCUGCACUUGGAAGGGGUCAAUUUCAGUGUAUUGCGUCUACCACCAUAUAUGAAUACAGGAUUCAUUUCGAAAAAGAUAAGGCAUUGGCACGGCGGUUUCAACCUGUUUGGGUUGAUGAGCCGAGUGAGGAUGAUGCGGUUAAGAUACUUAUGGGUCUCCGUGAGAAAUAUGAGGCAUACCACAAAUGCAGAUAUACAGAAGAUGCCAUAAAGGCUGCAGUUCAUUUGUCAGCAAGAUACAUAGUUGAUAGGUAUCUACCUGAUAAAGCUAUUGACCUCAUAGAUGAAGCAGGAAGUAGAGCUCGUAUUGAAGCCUUUAAGAUGAAAAAGGAACAAGAAACAUGCAUACUUUCUAAAUGCCCAGCUGAUUACUGGCAAGAAAUUAAAACUGUUCAGUCCAUGCACGAAAUGGAGAGCAAGCUGAAAUACUAUGGAGCUUCUAGCAUUGAUGAUACUAGUGAACUCAUUCUGGACUCAUAUUUGUCUUCUGAAGCCAAUGAUAAUGAACCUAUAGUAGUUGGGCCAGAUGAUAUAGCAGCAGUUGCUUCCCUCUGGUCAGGAAUUCCAGUUCAGCAGCUCACUGCCGAUCAAAGAAUGCUUCUGUUAGAUCUUGAUAAUCAACUUCGGAAACGUGUCAUUGGACAAGAGGAGGCUGUUUCUGCCAUUUCUAGAGCUGUGAAGAGAUCCCGUGUUGGCCUUAAGGAUCCCGAUAGACCCAUAGCUGCAAUGCUAUUCUGUGGUCCAACUGGGGUUGGGAAAACUGAACUUGCAAAAUCUUUGGCGGCAUGCUACUUUGGAUCGGAGGCAGCCAUGAUACGGUUGGACAUGAGUGAAUAUAUGGAACGGCAUACAGUGAGUAAAUUGAUCGGAUCACCCCCAGGUUAUGUUGGUUAUGGAGAGGGUGGCAUUUUAACCGAAGCUAUUAGAAGAAAACCCUUCACACUGUUAUUGCUUGAUGAAAUAGAGAAAGCUCAUCCAGAUAUAUUCAACAUUCUUCUUCAAUUGAUAGAAGAUGGUCAACUUACUGAUUCUCAGGGUCGGAAAGUUUCAUUUAAAAAUGCAUUGGUGGUGAUGACAUCAAAUGUGGGAUCUAGUGCCAUUGCUAAGGGUCGACACAACUCCAUAGGUUUCUUGAUUCCAGAUGACAAAUCAACAUCAUAUAAUGGCUUGAAAUCGAUGGUAAUUGAAGAAUUGAGGACAUAUUUUCGUCCAGAAUUGCUCAACAGGAUAGAUGAAGUGGUAGUGUUUCAACCCCUUGAAAAGUCACAGUUGCUCAAGAUAUUGGAUGUGCUGCUGAAAGACAUAAAGAAAAGGGUCUUGUCCCUAAGAGUCAAUUUAGAGGUGUCUGAAUCAGUCAAGAACCUUGUCUGCCAGCAAGGUUAUAACCCAACAUAUGGUGCUCGUCCUCUCAGGAGGGCCAUUACAUCACUAAUUGAAGACCCAUUGAGUGAAGCAUUCCUUUCAGGAGAGUGCAAGCAAGGUGACACUGUCCUCAUUGAUUUGGAUGCUAAUGGCAAACCCUUUGUUACAAAUCAACUUGAUCAGAUUGUCAACUUAUCUGACACAAGUCCAUCCCCGUAAUUAACUAUUGUAUAGUAGUAGUCUGAUAGGUAUACACAUGUAAUGAAAAAUGUUUUGGUUGAUCUUUGUUAGCUUAGGUAUUUGAUUCAUAUAUGUUGAGCCUAUCACAUUUUUUAAUAAGCUUGACAACUUAAGAGAUGUCAAAUUAUUAAAUAAUGUGAUAAUAUGUUACUGGAUACGUAUUCAAAUUAAAUUCAUUUGUAAAAGUAAUGAUACACAUACUUUG